UGGGAGGCUUUGGGCACUGUUUGAUACGUAGUAAGGUAGCCGCCUACACUGACCUGGAUAUCUACAGCUGAGGGGAAGUCUGUCGGUCCCUUUUAAUAUCAUGGAUUUUAAUACGACAACGCAUCGUGUUUGUGCUCAUCUUCAACGGAUAGCCCUUCGUCCUGAAGGCGGUUGUACAGCAAGUGUGAUGUCCCUCUGGUGUGCUGAAUUGUGACGCGAGGAGGGGCUUGCUAAGCAGCCUAAUGGACAGUAUCGAUGACUUAGCAAUCAAAACCAGAACUGAAUAUCCUCUCUAUGCAAUUAUAUUGUCUCCAUUCGCCCUGUCUGCUUCUCUGUUUGCUGACUGGAACUGGAUAUCACUCUUGAGCGUGUCGUAACAUCACCUUUUCAUAAAGAAAACAGUAUUUACAUCUCUGGAGCGAGGAAGUGGAGCUGCGUCAGGCUACCUGAACUUGAUCAAGAUAAGACCGGACGUUGGGUGACAUUGCCUUCGUAAUAAAGGUGGCAAACAUAUUUGUUUUUGACAUUAAACAACGAUGUUUGGGAUUAGACGGAGACGUGACACUUGGCUUAAACGACAGCCGGCUUUUGAAUAGCAACAGAGAUCUCCGCCUUCAUUAUUACCGUGGUACCUACGUCGCCCUUCGUUUUAUUUUAGAAACCGCGAGCGGAAGUUGUGCUCGGUCCUGCUGUUUUGACCCUGGUAGGAAGUGGGAUGUGGCCAGGGUGUAUUUAUGCUUCUGUUUUAAGAUAUGAAAAUCAUUGAUUUAGCGCUGCGUCGGGAGCCCUGUUUCACCACCGGACACAGCGGGGAUUACGACAGUGUUGCUGUCCGUCAGUGUGGUUGUUGUUGGCGGUCGAAGACGGCGAACACGACCGAAGCUGCUGUGCUGGUUUCGUCUGGACUGGACUAUUUCCAUGAGGGCUUCUCAACCUCACGUCCUAACAAUUUGUGUGCGGGACUGUAUUUUGUGCUUACGUAAUAACAGUAUGUGAAUCGAUAGUCAUAUCGUUGACUUUUUUAUUUUAUAUUUUUCUUGGACAAAGACGUAUUGCCCCCCCCUCACACACAGUUUUAUAUAUAUAUAUAUACAUUUUUUUUUUUUUUUUUGCAAAUGUCAACAAGUCAUCGUCAAGUGAUGAUGGAAUCCUCUCUAGCUCUCGGAAGACUGGAGCUGACCCCCAGUUCAGGCGCUGUUGGGGUCAGCCUGACCCCGCGGCUCACCGGCGGCCACCCCGCGAAGGAGACGUGCGGUCAGCGGCCACUGGGGCCACAAGGCCCGGCUCAUCUGAACGGCUGCGUCCCGCUGUCACAUCAGGUGGCGGGUCACAAGUAUGGAGUGGAUACAGUGGGCAUUUUGCAGCAUCCAGACGGAACAGUCCUGAAGCAGCUUCAGCCUCCACCCAGAGGUCCACGAGAGAUGCAGUUUUACAGCACGGUGUAUGCAGAGGACUGCUGUGAUCCAUGCCUUCUGCAGCUCCAGAACCAUCUGCCCAAGUACUACGGCACCUGGUCCUCUCCUGACAGCCCCAAUGACCUGUACCUGAAGCUGGAGGACGUGACCCGGCGCUUCGUCAAGCCGUGCAUCAUGGACGUGAAGCUGGGCCGGCGGAGCUACGAUCCGUUCGCCUCGCAGGAGAAGCGGGAGCAGCAGAUCAGGAAAUACCCACUGAUGGAGGAGAUAGGCUUCCUGGUCCUCGGCAUGAGGGUUGAAACUGGUUUACUGGCACUCCACUAGAACUGAUCUGAACAACAACUCGGAGUAAUGCAAGUGCAAAUGGGAUGAAAGGCACACAUAUGCACUGUCCUUUCCAUCUUUGAGAAGUUCAAAUGUAAUCUUCUUCUUCUUUUUUUACAGUAUUCAUGGUAGUUCAAUGGAGAACUACCAUGAAUGGUGCUUUGGGGUCUCUGUAUUAAUUAUUAUUAUUUUAUAUUAAUUAAUUAUUAAAACUGAAUUUGAAGCUCUGUGUGCAGAAUGACAAGAAUAUAUUAAUCCAAAGCUGGUGACAAAACCCUAGAACUACGGAUCAGGGAGGUCUGUCACACUGCAGCCGAUACGUUGCCUUCGAAAAGGUUGUUUUAAAGUUUAGAUGUGUAUGUUGCAACCGCUGCCGUCAGGAGGCCUUUACACACCGAAGACGUGACGAAUAAACAACAUGAUAAUGCAAAAAUUCUGUCCUGCAAAUAUUUUUCAUCACACCGGCGGUGAUGCAGAUUUGAGACAGUGGCAACACUUUUUUAUAAAGGUUUGAAUGGAGUCAUACAGGCAGAGGGUCCAGAGCAGCGUCUGGAAGGCUGUCUGAGGUAAACUGUUGCUCUGAGGGAAUUUGAGUUCCCUCUGGUAAAGAGUUACGCAAUGUGUAUGUCCAAGGCUUUUAUUGUGAAAGGUAAGAAGAGAAGGCGUAGAUCUGGUCUGUUCGCCUUUGUCAAGGUUGAAAGGAGUAAUAAAGUUUUCCGUCUUGGUUGGGAGUAUGGAGCCUCCGCCUUGAUGAACAUUAUAAGUUUCGAAUGUGUCCGUUCCGCACAACGUGAUUGGUCGAUGCCUUUAUUCGUUAAGUACUCAAGAAAAAAAAAAAACGGUUUAAAAAUAAAUAAAUAAAAGUAUGUGAAAACUAAUCACACAAAAUAACUGUAAGCUUAAUUGUAUUAAUUUGCUUGUACUCCGAUCACUUUUAAGCUCCAUACAGUAAAUGUCAACACUUGUUGCACAGAUGUGCAAAACAAUUUACAACUCUACCAGGGGGCACAGACAGGAAGUAAACAAAAUACAUUUAACAAACAGUGCAGCAGUGUAGAUAAAUGUAUAUACUACUAACACAAAUCUUUAAAUAAAAGCAUAGUUUUCAUAGCUUUAUACAUAUCUGCUAUUAACAUGAUAGCAGAAGUAACUGAUAACACCUUUCAUACGCGGCGUGAUGAACAACAUAAGGUGCUGUUGAACCUCCUGAAGCAGGUCAAUGAUUAACUAUCUGAAAUAUGUUGACAUUGUUGACUGAGCGGUACAGCCCAUAAUGCACACGCACACACACACAGUGGAGCAUGUAAAUAGCUGCUAUUCAUCUGUUUGUUGAAUCUCUGUAGAAUCCGACAGUGCAGCAGUAAACACGCCUCAUGAAGAGUCAGAUAGAGAAACCUUUAUCGCUUCCAUCAGUUUCCAUUACAACUUACUGACAGCAUCAUCAUCCGUUUUCAUGCCUGCAGCAGGAAGCAAACGAAUUUGCGAAUUUGCAUUAAUUUCUACGAAGUUAAUGCUGUGUUCAUAUUGAGGUGGAACACUGGGCGUUGAAUUUGAAAGGCACGGCAGAAAAAAGAACCCAUUCAAAAAUAAGUUGUCAAAGUUGUUAAUGGCAGCCAUUGGGUGGGACAACAGUCCAUAAAUAGAUAUAAUAAAUAUCCACAUUUAUCACCAUGACCUUACAUAAGAGGGAGGGUAACCGAUGAAGGUAUGGGUGAGAGUGGCUGGUAUUCAGCUAAUGAAAUGUGUCAUUUAUUACUAACUGCAAGUCUUUGUGUACUGAACCCGCCGAUUGAUGGUUUGACCUGAUCCUCAGUGUAAACCUUAUGGCUGUAUGUCUCCACCCUUUGUACACCGUAGCGCUCUGACUUUUGUUCAUAUGUUCUCUAUGGAUUCCUGUACAGGAGGUCAACUUCAUGUUUGAUGUGUGCUACAGCAGCGUGGACUGAGAAGUGACAGCGUAUUACUGUAAAACAUGCACAUUUAAACUACUACCCUGCACACGGCCAACUUUCUCUAGCAGGAAUGUAUGCGGAGGGUGCUGAAUUAUCCCGUAUUGUCUAAUGUGCUGUAGUGUAAAAAGGAACUUAACUUUAGGCAGUACCAAUCCACAGUUUUAUAUGAACAACAGAUCAGAUGAUUAUUUAUAAUGUUUCAAAAAGAAGUCUGGUUGUAUAGAAGUCUAUGAGAAAAUGACUCUACUUCUCUCUUGAUUUAUUACCU